AGCCGCGAGCGACGCGCCUCGCUCACACGCAGCGCGCCAUCCACCAUGAACGGAUCCAUCUCGACGGAGGAGGCGGUGGCGGCGGCGGCGGUGAACGGCGCGGCGGCGGGAGGCAGCAAGAGGGCGCCGCCGCCGGCCAAGCUGCGCACCGUGUCGUGGACCGAGGAGGCGGACGGCGAGCUGGACGUGCCGGGCACGCCUCGCACGCCGCGGACCUCCACCACGCCAGGCCACGAGAAGUGCGUGUUCCACCACGACCUGGAGCUGGACCACCGGCCGCCCACGCGAGAGGCGCUGUUGCCCGACAUGUCGCGCUCCUACCGCCUGCUGCUGUCCUCGCUGGGCGAGAACCCGGACCGCCAGGGCCUGCUCAAGACCCCGGAGCGAGCCGCCAAGGCCAUGCUCUUCUUCACCAAGGGCUACGACCAGAGCCUGGAAGAGGUGCUGAACGAGGCUGUGUUCGACGAGGACCACGACGAGAUGGUGGUGGUGAAGGACAUCGAGAUGUUCUCCAUGUGCGAGCACCACCUGGUGCCGUUCUACGGCAAGGUGUCCAUCGGCUACCUGCCCACCAAGAAGAUCCUGGGACUGAGCAAGCUGGCCAGGAUUGUUGAGAUCUACAGUCGAAGACUUCAAGUCCAGGAGAGACUCACCAAGCAGAUCGCCGUGGCAGUCACCAAGGCCGUGCAGCCCGCCGGCGUGGCAGUGGUCGUCGAGGCAGUGCACAUGUGCAUGGUGAUGCGCGGCGUGCAGAAGAUCAACAGCAAGACCAUGACGUCCACCAUGCUGGGCGUGUUCCGCGACGACCCCAAGACGCGCGAGGAGUUCCUCAACUUGGUGCAGUCCAAGUGAACCACCCGCUCCCCUCUUCGCCGCAGUAUUCAUCCUGUACGUCGCUUUCCCCUCCCUGCCACUCCGCCCGGGACGCCUGAGUGCCCUUCCAGGACCUCCUUGCUAGAGCCUUGCUAGAGCCUUGCUAGAGCCUUGCUAGAGCCCCGGCAACUGCCGCCAUCUCUCCCCUCGUCUUGCAGCGGCCGGCGAGUUCUCCGCAAGGCGAGAGACUAUCACGCGUCACAAACACGCGCCGGCGAAUAUCGUAACCGGGACAAUAUGGGUUAACUGGUGAGACACACGCUAGACAAGUGAUGCCAGCGAACCUGGUGGCCUGGAGUUUACCUAAGUUUUUUUUAACUGCCGUGACACCAGUUCACAGUAGUGGCAUCUAGCGGCGUGGAGUAUAAAACAGCUUGAUAAGCAAUUGCAGUAAAUUGUCUCGCUUCACCAAAGCUAAUUUGGCCAGAGUUUCCCAUAUUGGCCUAUUACGAUAUUUGGCACUAUCCAUCAUUGUAAUAGUGGCAGUUGGCGUAUCUCGAUACUCUUUAAGUCCCCUGCCUGAAGUUUGAUUCCGCAUCCAGUUUUUUUUACUUCUGAAGAUGUUUUAGAGUAGGUAAAUAUUAAAAAAUGUAUCAUUGUAAAAUGUAUGGCUAAAUUAUGCGUAACACAUCCAUCUAUGUAAGUUUCACUGACGUAACAGUGUUGACCAAUAUUUUAGACUGAGCCCUAAGAGGCAUUUUGUAAGUCUUUUUGCGGUUAAAGCGUCAAUGUAGUUUAAGUUGCUUCUCUCACUAAGUGUUCUAUUCAUUUGUGAUUGCUCAAAUUUUAAGGUACAGAAGAUGCAAAAGUGUUUCAACCUCGUAAGGAUAUUGAAAGUGUUUCUUAAGUAAAUGGAGGAAUGCAAUCCGUAGCUACUUUAAAUGUGAAUUUUCACAAAGAUGCAUACUCGCCAGAAUAUUCUGACACCCAUAUAAAGCCCAUAUGCUAUCCGCUAUCUUUGUUUGGUUAUUAUUUACAAGAAAAUUUUCUGCUAGCCAAAUGCAUCUGCGGUCUAAUCCCAAAUGCAUCAGCAUUAAAAUGGAUAUUUACAUCAAUUGGUUUUCCCCAUCAUUUAUGGCACAUGCAGUUGUUUAGCGUAGAGAUUUAGUUAUGAGUUUAUGACUAGUAACCAGUUAUUAUAAAACCAGAGUCAGAAGCAAGAACCGACAGAAUAAAAACUUCCUCAGUAUACAAUAGUUAGCUAUCUGUGACAAUAAAUACAUCUAAAUAGAAAAUAACUGCUUCGAAACUUUGAUGCGAUAACCUGAAUGAGCAAAGUUUUUCCUAAAGUUUUUUCCGAACAUUGGCAGUCUUGGUUUUAGUGGUGAAGACAUGUUACAACUGUCAUUCCUGCCGUGACAGAUGCGUGGGAAGUCUGAGGUCAUCUGUACAUUUCAACAUUGUUUGUACGUAACUAAUACUCCAAUUAGUUCUGUCUCGUUGCACCCGUAAUUAAUUAUGCUCCGUUUGCGUGUGGUAUACAAAGUAAAUGUACACUGAAAAACCAGUUAGUAGCUGUCUUAAUAUAGGUACUUUCGUAAAUAUAUAGCCCUUGAAAUAUUUUUGGCGAUAGCAGAAUAAUUGUAACCUCUAUCAAACCAUUUAUUUAUGACAGUAAAAUAUUUCUGUCGUUAAUAAGUCACUUAGUGGACGUUAAUUUUUUAUCACCACAAAAUAUUUUAUGAGAUCAAUAAUGACAAAUUUAUUUCGAGGUGAUCACACGAUGUAUGUGUACUAGUAUUACUACUACUAUUAUUAGGUAUGUAUGUAUGUAUGUUUCUGACACCAUACCAAAAGUAAGCUUUAUCACAAAUUUGGGUGCAUCUGUUUGUUCUUGGGCAUUUUAUAUAUUUUAUCUAAAAUUAAAUUAAAUUGUUUUUAUUUAGACCUGUUAUCACUAAAACAUUAUAAAAUGUGUAAUGUAUUGUACGAAAAUGCCUAAGGUUUUGGCUUUGGUAUGAGUAAUGCAACGGUAAAUUACAGGUUCCUUGAGGUGCUGUGUGUUAAUAUUUAUACACAAUCUCAUAUCCAUGUAUAACGUGUCCGUAGAAAGCUGCUAAAAAUGUGUUUACAUAUCAUUAUUUCCUUCUUUAUAAAUAUAUGCUCAACGAAUGUCACAGACAACGUAUGAAAAAAAAAUUCUCUGAUGAAUCAUACAAUUCAAAUAGGAAAAAAAUGUAAAAAGACAAUAUAUAUUUGAAGUCUGCAUUGUUUUACAAUAGCAAUUAAAUAUUUUAAAGCAUAUAAAACUUGAUGGUGUGCUUAAGAUAUUAAAGUUACAAACAGAAAACUGGUGGUAAAAAAAAUAUAUGUUGAUGUAAUAAUAGAUAUUAAAUAUAGUUACGAAUAUGGUUUCUGGAAGAUGAGUUUUAUACUAUUUUGCCUUAUAAUAAGGCCAAAUUAAAAAAAAACAUGUUAGAAGAUAAUAUUUUAUGUUAAAAUAGUGUCAAAUUUUGGACGAUAUGAAAUAUCAUAUUUGUUAAAAUGUAAAAUACAUCCUACUUUUAAUUUUUACUUUAUAAUUUAACGUUAAUAACAUGCUUUCUGUUCAUUUGCACCAAGAAGAAACAUUGCAAGCUUACUAAGCUAUACCUAACUUAAAAGAGUACGCACGUAGCUUAGAAUAUGUUUCUUAGGGGUCGUAUGAAUUGCAAAUAGGUAAGCAGAUUAAGCCACUAAGAGUUGACUAGAAACGAAAUGUUGGAAAUCUGUUCUGUGCUCGCACGGUCUCUCUGGCAGCCAGCCAGUCAGGUGUACGGCAAACUUGGUUGCAAUGUGGCAUUUGCUCCUUAACUUUCAGCUGGAAUUUUGUGUGUGAGUGACUGUUUUUUUUUAAGAGGCGUGAUUAUUGUGUUGAUUUGGCGUGGUCAAACCUGCUUGUAUCUCGCCAACGUGGCCACUGCAGGUUUAAUUUUAAAAAAAUGAGACCCUUGUUUCACGUUCGCCCGCAGCUGUGUUCGCGUAUUGUCCAGCACGCGACAGGGCGUUGCACACUGUACAGCUGUCACACGCCCGUACAGAAGCUCGCAAGCUCUGCAGGCAGAUCCUUGGGUUGGCAUCGACUCCUGACUUUCCUUGGAAACUGUCAAAUGCUUCUGAUGUCAACCAGGCCGCGUGCGCUGGUGCGGGACGGACCUACUCUUUCCUUCGCCCUUCCCCUCUCGCCUGCAAUAACCGUACCAGGCAUAUAUUUUGCAUUCCUGUGCAUUAUGUGAUAAAUUAAUUUUAAGUUAAGUUGUUAAAACUAUUACAAUUACAGUAGUCAUAUGAUGCUUGGCAUUUUUAAAAAUCCUCUAGUAAAGAGAAAAAUCAAGCACUGCGUUAAUUUAAAUCAUUAUUUUGGACAUAUGCCAUUUGCUAGUUUGCAUUGCAUGUCACAGAGUAAAGCCGAAAAAAAAUAAUACAAAGAAUGAUGAACAUACAACCACACAAUAACAAGCUAAAAUUCAACUGAUGUUAAAUGUCAAAUGCAAAGACAGCACAGAAAAUUCCGCGCAAGGAAUUAGAACGGAACGGAAUUAUCUGUGCCGUUUUUUUAACAUUUGACAUAGGUUGAUUUUAGGUUGUUUUAUGUGUGUUUUAGUAUUCGUCUCUCUUUGUCCGUUCUUCUGGGUUCUCUCUGUGACACGCGGCGCAAACUAGCAAUGACGUACGUCCAGAAUAACGAGCACUGGAAGGAUCGUUGCAACGCGGACACGCGCAGUGUGACCUCGGCGAGGUACCAGCUGUGACCGCCACGAGACAGUGCCCCUGACAGGUAGGCCGCGCGAUCACACGGAAAUGUUCCACCGCGCUAGGAGGGCGAAGCAGAGCACUUGCAGGAUCUCGUCUCGUGUCCACGUCAUCACCGAGACUGAGGCUUCCGAAUGACAAUCUCCGCCUUAACGUGACCUGCGGAGGGCUGGCGACUAGCCCUUCAAGGCCACCUUCCUGAUAGCGGCGCCCCGGCCGGCGGCGGAACUAACCCAGUCCCUACAGCUGCCACGCCGCCUGACGUCGGGGCGACCUCGUCGUUAGAUAUUCCCGUCGCCACCCGCGGAGACGUCUGUCUCCCCGGGUGAAGUGUGCAUACUGUACAUAAGUCUUGUUAGCUUUGUUUAGGUUGCUUUCCUUCGUAAAGCUUAGUUCAAUACGUGAAUAGUUAAAAAAAAUAAUAAUAAUCCUUACGUAUUGGUAAUUUUAAAAUACCUAAAUCUAGAAAAAACCCGUGGGCCAACUUUGAAUCAGUUACUACUAACGAUAAUUGUUUAACCCAUUAGUUUGUAAGCUUGAUGGCAAAUAUCUAAUACUUGUAACAUGAUAGCAAAAUGUUAAAUUGAACUGUGUCUUAUCAUGGUUUGUAUCCAAUGUUUUGCUUGAAGCUUUUACUAAAAAUAAACUAACAUUAUGCUUGCUUAAAUUUUGUGUUCAAAAUAGUCAAAAGGACACUAGUUUUGUCAUCAGCAGUGUGGGGUGCAAGGUAUAAACAAUACAAGCGAUAAUGUGAUAUCUGGUGCGUUCAAAAAUAGGUACGCUGUUGUAAAAAAAAAUUAAAAUCGAGGUGUAGGAAAGAAAUGUGGAAUUCUUGUUCAACCAGUUGAUGAAAUAUUAUACUGUAAAGUUUAUGAUUAUUGUUAUUUACCUUGGAAACUAUUAACAGUUUGUAUCGAAAUGUCAAAAAAGUAUUAUAUGUAUUAUAUUACACAUGAAUUUUGUGUACGUAUAUUUUUAUAAACGUUUAUGUGUACAAAAAUAGAAUUUUUAUAAACUAUAGAUUUCGAUGAUUUGACUUAACAUUUUAUAACACUCUAUGGAUUGUAAGUUCCCAUUGAUAUUUCUUAAAUAACCAGACAAUAAUGCUGACAAUUGUAACAGUUUUAUUUUCCUGGAGACGUAUAUCAACGAAAAUGUUUAAGAAUAAAGCACAGCAAAACUUUUGUUUGUAACCAUAUGGGAGUUAUUGCAAAGGUAAUAUUUGAUUAAGAUUAUGUGAAGGGUGAAAAAUUGGUUGAGGUCUUUUUUUUAGUGGGUUUUAGCGAUUAACAAGAUGCAAGGACUGAUGUAAGUUAAAAAAAAUACUCAUUGUAGUUAUAAGUGUGCUUUAUUGUGAUGAUCGAUAUUGUUGUGUUCAUAUAAUGCAGUGUCUGUGAACUGAGGCCCUAUUAACUGUAACGCCCGAUAUAUAUUUUGUAAAGAAAGGAGAGUAACAAUAAUUAGUUUAUAACAAUUAAACUCAAAGAAAAAGGACCAAUUACUUGUAAACAUUUAGCAACUACAAUUGAUGUACUUAUAAAAAUAUACCUGAAGUUAUUCUUUGAUGCUAGAAAAUAUUAUUUUAAUAAAACAUUUAGUGUAAGAAUCUAUA